AAGUAAGUUUGUAGCAAGAAUGGCAGCUUCUGUUCAUCAUCCAAACAUCACAAUUUUGCAUUUGUUGGCUGUAGUUUUGUCAAUUUUUAGCUCCAGGUUGCAUGCAAGUGAACCUUAUUUGACACUGGAUUACUAUGCGUCUACAUGCCCAAGCGUGGUCGAGAUUGUCAGAAAAGAGAUGGAAUGUGCGGUUCUUUCUGAUCCUCGUAACGCUGCCUUCAUACUUCGAUUACAUUUCCAUGACUGCUUUGUACAGGGAUGCGACGGGUCAGUUCUGCUUGACGAUACAAUAGACUUGAAAGGAGAGAAAACAGCUGCUGCGAAUAAAAACUCCCUGGAAGGUUUCAGACUGAUUGAUAGGAUAAAAAACAAGCUUGAAUCUGAAUGCCCUGGAAUUGUGUCGUGUGCAGAUAUUCUUACCAUUGCAGCAAGAGAUGCUGUCAUCCUGGUAGGUGGACCUUUUUGGGAUGUUCCAUUGGGAAGAAAGGAUUCAAGAACUGCAGGUUACGAACUCGCAAGCGUCAAUAUGCCCACUGCAGAUGAGGGUGUUCUCUCUAUCAUCUCCAAGUUUCUUUAUCAAGGCCUUACGGUCACAGACAUGGUGGCUCUUUCGGGAGCUCACACGAUUGGAAUGGCACGUUGUGAAAAUUUCAGAGGCAGGAUCUACGGAGAUUUUGCAUUUACUUCAGGAAAAACUCCAUCUUCUGAAACGUAUCUCAGCAACUUGAAAUCAACAUGCCCUGCCUUUGGAUCAGGCAAUAAUAUAUCAGCAAUGGAUUAUGUAACCCCAAAUCUUUUUGACAAUUCCUUUUAUCAAAUACUUGUCAAAGGGGAGGGACUUCUCAACUCAGACCAGGAAGUGUAUUCAAGCGUAUUUGGAAUCCAAACAAAAGAGCUUGUGAACAGGUAUGCACAAGACUCUCUUGCUUUCUUCCGGCAGUUCUCUGAUAGCAUGGUCAAAAUGGGAAAUAUUAUGAACGCCGAUAGCUUUUUCAAUGGUGAAGUGAGGAAGAAUUGCAGAUUUGUGAACACCUGAGAUAUAAUUGUGAAGUUCAGGUAGAUGAACAAAUGAAAAUAAAUCAUACAUGGACUUGGUUCAUUUCGAAAAUCAAUAAA